AUGACUGCUGGCAUUACUCAACCCCCGUAUCCGCUUCACGAGUCCGUUAAAGAUCUAUUGGACCCGGAGUAUGUGGCAUUCUAUAAUGAGCAUGUCAUCAAUAACCAACAGGUGCACCUCCGGCCUGUGGAAGCGUCACGGACGAGUGGUGUCUUGAUUCCUGGUGCGGGUCCUAUGCUGGACGUGGGCAAGACUCAAGAUAUUACUGUCCAGCGACGAGCUACCGAGGGCCCAGCAGUGCCUAUCCGCUGCUUUACUCCUAAGGGUGAGGCCCCUCCUGGUGGAUGGCCAGUAAUGCUGUACUUCCAUGGUGGUGGCUGGGUGCUAGGUAACAUUGACACGGAAAACGUGGUGUGCUCUAACCUCUGUGUACGAGGUAACUGUGUUGUGGUUACAGUUGACUACCGUCUUGCACCCGAAGACCGCUGGCCGGCCGCAGUACACGACUGCUGGGAAGCUCUCCUUUGGCUGAUUGCAGAUGGUCCCGCUGCACUCUCAGUGGAUGUAUCCAAACUCGCAACCGGCGGCUCAUCCGCCGGCGGCAACCUUGCCGCGAUUAUGACACAUAAGGCGUUGACUCUGUCGCCCCCUGUUCAAUUCCAAGCCCAGCUCCUCUCUAUGUACUGGUACCGCGACCACUAUGUUCCAAACGAGGCAGACCGAGCCGAUCCAGAGUCGAGCCCACUGUUCUGGCAGGGUGAUUACUCGAAAUUGCCGCCUGCACUGGUGAUGGUUGGCGAGUUGGAUGUGCUGCGUUCGGAGGGCGAGCAGUAUGCGGAGAAGUUGCGGAAGGCUGGUGUUGCUGUUGAUUUGCAGGUUAUGAAGGGAAUGCCGCAUCCGUUUUUGGCUAUGGAUGGGGCGUUGUCUGAGGGCAAAAGGUGUAUCACUCUGAUGUGUGAUGCGCUCCAAACAGCGUUUUGGGCCUGA